CUGAAAUCUAACGGUAAUCACUAAUCAUUAAUUAACUCAUAGUGGGGCGGGCCCAAAAGAGUUUUUGUAUGUAAAAACUAAAAAGCGUCGACAGAAAGUAUAAUAACGAAAAGCCCACUACUGCCUUCCUUCUUCCCUCUCCCCCCUCUUUUCUUUCUCGAUCGCACGCUUCAGUGGCAUUGAGCAAGUUUACGACAACACAACAGAGGAAGAGAGGGGAAAAAGCGGCAAUGGUGGUUAAGGCUGAACCAGCGACCCCGGUGCAGCAGACAGACGUGGUUCAGGUGCUGGAAGUAACAUCUCCGCCGCCAGCACCCGCUCCCCACCCAUACGCGUUUCAUGUCUCCGGUCCCCGCAAUGUCGCUUCCCCGAAUUGGAGAGACCUCAUCAGUUCCAGUUGGAAAGACGACAACUACAAGAGGACGGUGAUUGCGUGCUUCAUCCAAGCAGUCUACUUGCUGGAACUUGACAGGCAAGAAAACAGGACCCCAGCGGAUGCCCUAGCCCCAACCUGGUGGACACGCUUCAAGUACAAGCUCUCCCAAACUCUGAUCGAUGAAAGGGACGGAUCCAUAUUCGGUGCAAUCCUGGAAUGGGAUCGAUCCGCAGCAGUCUCGGACAUGAUCCUCAUCAGGCCUAGUGGGGCACCCAGGGCUGUCCUGGUACUGCGAGGGACCUUGCUCAAGGGCCCCACCAUGAGACGGGACAUCGAGGACGACCUUCGUUUCCUCGCUUGGGAGAGCCUCAAGGGCUCUGUCCGGUUCAACGUGGCGCUGCAGGCGUUGAGGUCGGUUGCUGAGAGGUACGGUGCAAGCAAUGUCUGUGUUGCAGGUCAUUCCCUAGGAGCUGGCUUUGCUCUCCAGGUUGGCAAGGCGCUGGCUAAAGAAGCCAUAUUUGUGGAUGCUCAUCUCUUCAACCCGCCUUCUGUGUCUCUCGCAAUGAGUUUCAGGAACAUGGGGGAGAAGGCCGAGUUCGCCUGGAAGAGGUUGAAGGCUAUGCUUCCUUACGCUGCUGCAGCUGAAACUUCGGCUGUCACCAUCCUUGACGGGCAGAAUGGUAACAAUGGUUCUUCUGGCUUGAGGAACUGGAUUCCGCAGUUUGGGGACAAAACGAACAUGGGGUCCAAGAAAUGGGUACCUCAUUUGUAUGUGAAUAACAGCGAUUAUAUAUGCUGCCACUACACCAACCCGGAUGGACAGAAUAAUGGAGGUGGCGAAAAUAAGGAGAAUGUUGGCGCCGCCGGUGGCUGCAGCAGCAGCAACAUUGGGCAGGUUUCAGCGAAGCUGUUUGUGAUGGCCAAGGAGAAACAGAAGUUUCUUGAAGCUCAUGGGCUGGAGCAAUGGUGGUCUGACGAUGCGCAAGGCCUGAAACUAGGCCUCCCAAAUAGCAAGCUCAUGAGCAGGCAGCUUAGAUCAUUAUAUAGCCUCCCAGCUCAACCAACACAAGCCAAGCCACAGCAGCAAUAACACAAUGAAGGGUUGGCUGGUUUUUUCUGCUUUGCUAAAUACCUCGUUUUACAGUUUCCACCCUUACCUUUAUCGCCUACAAGAGUUUUGUUAUUUUACAUCAAUAACUGUAAAGAGUGAUGUUAUUCUGUUUAUGGCAUUUGAACCAUCCUGCUUCUUCAGAAUCGAUUGCAAAUUUGUCCAACAACUCGAAAUCAUCUGCCACCCCUCUUUUUAUUUUUCUCUUUUAUCAAGACUCUAGAUCUGAUACAAAGUAAUA